UAUUAAAGGAGUAAACGUUUUAUUUGUGUCUCACUUGUUGUCCUCAGAGUGUCGAUAUGUCUGCUGCCAGCUGUCUGCUGACUGAAGAUCAGUUCCUGUGCUCCAUCUGUCUGGACGUGUUCACUCAUCCAGUCACCAUACCAUGUGGACACAACUUCUGUAAAGCCUGCAUCACUGACCACUGGAACGUUAAUGCCCCGUCUAACUGUCCCAACUGUAACCAGGGUUUUAACACCAGACCUGAACUUCGGGUCAACACGUUCAUCUCUGAGAUGGCUGCUCAGUUCAGACUGUCAGCUCAACAGAAAGCCAGCAGCAGCAGCUCCGAGCAACAAGCUGCCCAACCAGGAGAAGUUCCCUGUGACGUCUGCACUGGAACCAAAGUGAAGGCCCUCAAGUCCUGCCUGGUGUGUCUGGCCUCCUACUGUGAGGCUCACCUGGAGCCUCAUCUGACUACGUCAGGUCUGAAGAGACAUCAGCUGAUGGACCCUGUGGAGAACCUGGAAGGCUGGAUGUGUACAAAGCACGAUAAACUGCUGGAGCUGUUCUGUAAGACCGACCAGAUGUGUGUCUGCAUGCUCUGCACUGUUUUAGACCACAAGAACCACGAUGUUGUUCCUCUGAGAGAAGAAUAUGAAGGAAAGAAGGCCGAGCUGGGGAAGACUGAGGCUGAAGUCCAGCAGAUGAUCCAGAAGAGAUGCUGCUAUACACACAAAUUUCCCCCUGGGGAUGAAUAA